GUAACCCGGAGUCUGCGGAAGUGCAGCUGCAGCACUGGCGGCUGAGACAGGUAACUUCUGUCAGUCAGCUGCUUCCGGUCACGCAGACCCCUGGGGAAACUGAAAGUUGUGGAAACAUAACUUGUGACAGCAGGGGCUUCUUAUCUGGUAAGCCAGCCAUUUGUGAUUCUGAAUGAUUGGAGGAGAUGGGAAGCCACAGCUGAGAUUCAGCAAAGCCACCAACUGCAGACUGCACCAUGGACAUAAAACUGGACCCUUCCCGGGAUGAUCUGCCUCUCAUGGCCAACACCAGCCACAUGCUUGUGAAGCACUAUGUACUGGAUUUGGAUGUGGAUUUUGGAAGUAGAGUCAUUGAAGGUACUAUAGUUCUUUUCUUUGGAGAUGGAAACAGAUUUAAAAAACAGACGAGUUCCACCCAGAAAACCUUCCAGAUGGAGUCAGAGGAAGACUGCACAUUUGGGACAGCUGAACCCUGCGAUGUUCCUGAGAUGGAUGCAUGUACCUAUUCACCUCAGAUGGGGUAUAGUGAAUUUGCAGUCUGUGGUAAAGGUGAUCAAGAUGCCUUCAAUAACGAUGGUAACCAUGACAACCGGGAACAUGAUUCUGAGAUCUCUAGCUCAAAGUACUGCUGUGACACAGAGAAUCAUGGGAGAGAGGAUUUCUUGCUAGUGUUGGACUGCUGUGAUUUAUCUGUGCUAAAGGUAGAAGAGGUGGACGUGGCUGCUGUGCCAGGACUUGAGAGAUUUACAAAGGCUCCCAAGCUCACAGCUACUCCUGAGAAGCUCAGGCGUGAGAUUGUCCGUGACCUUGUGGCUCUGCCUGCAGAUGGUUGGAGGGAGCAGUUAGACUGCUACACUCGCUGCAGCCAGGCUCCUGGCUGUGGGGAGCUCUUCUUUGACACUGACAAUUGGAGCUUACAGAUCAGGAAGACAGGGGCUGAGACAGCUGCUGACUUCCCUCAUGCCAUCAGGAUAUGGUAUAAAACUAAACCUGAGGGGCAGUCAGUGACUUGGACUUCAGACCAGAGUGGCAGGCCGUGUGUUUAUACUAUGGGAUCCCCCAUCAACAACAGGGCCCUUUUUCCAUGCCAGGAACCACCCGUUGCCAUGUCAACAUGGCAGGCUACAGUUCGAGCAGCUGCAUCUUUUGUUGUUUUAAUGAGUGGGGAAAAUUCUGCCAAGCCCACACCGCUUCAAGAAGGGUGCAUGAGCUGGUAUUACUACGUGACCAUGCCAAUGCCAGCCUCCACCUUCACAAUUGCAGUGGGAUACUGGACAGAAAUAAAGCCCAAGACAUCCCGAUCAGAUGAUCUGGUGACUGAGCGCCCUCUCCCGCUUUCGAAAGCUGACUUCAGGUAUGCUGAAACCUGCAGUCAUGUAGAAUACCCCUGCCGAUUCCAGAAUGCUUCUGCUGCCACCCAGAAGAUCAUUCCUCAUCGGGUGUUUGCCCCACUGUGCCUUGAGGGUGCCUGCCAAGAGGCCCUGCUGUGGCUGAUCCCUCCUUGCCUCUCAGCUGCGCACUCUGUCCUAGGAACACACCCUUUCUCCCGGCUGGACAUACUCAUUGUCCCUGCCAACUUCCCAAGUCUGGGAAUGGCCAGCCCACACAUCAUCUUCCUCUCUCAGAGCACCUUGACAGGCAUGAGCCAUCUCUGUGGGACCCGUCUCUGUCAUGAAAUUGCUCACGCCUGGUUUGGCCUAGCCAUCGGGGCCCGAGACUGGACCGAGGAGUGGCUCAGCGAAGGGUUCGCCACUCACUUGGAAGAUGUAUUUUGGGCUGAAGCACAGCAGCUGCCCUCUCAGGAGGCCCUGGAGCAGCAGGAGCUGAGGGCUUCCCUGCGCUGGCAUCGCCUGCAGGAUGAGCUGCGGAACUCCCCGGAGGAAAUGCAGGUGUUGAGACCCAACAAAGAGGAGACUGGCCACGUGAGUGCUUCAGGUGCAUCUGUUGUCAAGCAUGGACUCAACCCAGAGAAGGGAUUCAUGCAGGUUCAUUACUUAAAGGGCUACUUCCUUCUUCGAUUCCUAGCCAGAACACUUGGAAAGGAAACUUAUUUUUCAUUUUUAAGGAAAUUUGUACACCUGUUUCAUGGGCAGUUGAUUCUUUCACAGGAUUUCCUUCAAAUGCUAUUGGAGAGCAUUCCAGAAGACAAAAGGCUCGGCCUGUCUGUUGAGAACAUCGUCCGUGAUUGGCUUGAGUGUUCUGGAAUACCCAAGGCGCUGCGGGAGGAGCGCGAGGCCGAGGACAGCGCACCGAGUGGGCUGGCAGGACGCGUGUGCUCGGAGGUGGCGAAAUGGAUUCGUGUGAACCGCAGACCCCGAAAACGCAAACGAGGGAAGCAAGAAGUGGCCUUUGAAAAGGGCUGACCACUUGGUGUUGGAUGACCGACCGAUCAAGGGCUCUUCUCCAGGGAGUACUGUUUCACCUGCUCUUGGCAUACCUUAGUUACCUUCAGGGCCUGCAUCUUCUUAAGAGAGUUACCUUCAUACUUUUCUUACUUACUUGCUAUAAAAUAAAAAUAAAUACUUACUUGUUCUUCAAAAUAAAACACAAGUGUAGCUUUACAUUCAUUUAGCCAAAUGGUUGUAUUUGUUUGGAGGCUUUUUUAAUGGGAAGCGAAAAUGGUAAUUUGUUCCAAAUAUCCCCUUGUACACCUGAGAGCUGGAGGCACAGUUGCUGUCACAGCUCUGAGGAUUAAAGUUGCCUUGGAGGAACUGUAGGUAUUGAGAAUCCUUUGAAUUUGUCAGCCUACCAACCUAUGUUGAGCCUCCCUUGAGCUCCCCUGAGCUGACCUUGAGGUACCCUUCACAGUCCCGCUCUUACUGAGUCAGUAUAUUGUUCAUUCUGAAUUGGGGUUUCCUGUGUGGGUUAUUAACCAUCUCUUGAAGCCUAUCAAAGCAGGUGAGUUGCUUAGGAUUUGAACACCACACAAAAUAUGCUGUCUUUGACCUAAGACGGGGCUGUGAGCAUUAGAAAACCCAUGUGGUACCUUUCUUAAAGGACCUAAGACUGCAACUGUCAGCAUGGUUUAAAGUGACUGUUCUGCAAAGUCCCAGGAAAAACUAACCUUCUGCUUCAUUAAUGCCUUUGUCGUAGUUUUAAAGAGGAAGGUUUUUCUGUUAUGUGUUCUUGACCUUAAGUCCUAAAAGUUAUUUCUAAAGUUAUCCUUUGUUUAGCCAGAAAGCUGAUCUGAGUUUAUUGAUGGAUGAUGGAUAAGCUGUUCAAAUAACUUAGAAAGUCAUCAGAUGCGCUACUGUGUUCAGCCACAGAGGACUCUGUAGACUUUUCCCAUCUGAGAUUUAGGCACCACUACCAUGCUCAGUGAGUUCAGGUGUUACCCAGGGAACUUAACUGUCGUUUCCUCCUUGGACAGUAAAUUCACCUCACUCCCAGUUCUGUAAAUAGACAUGACUUCUGUUCUGGGCAGUUUCUUCCAAAAGAUUGCUGAAGGAGCUAGGGAGAAACAUUCCCAUUCUCCAGAGUGGAAUGAGAAAAUGAUUGGUUCCCAGCUCACUGCUCUUCUAGGGAAGUGCAGGCCAUGCUUAAGAGCGGCCGUGACCUAGGACAGAUGCCUCAAAGCAUUGGAUCCCAUCCUCUUCAGAGCAACCUCAUAACUCCUAAGGGUUCACAAACUGGCUUUAGUUGCUGAUUCUCACCAGCUUUCUGCCACAGUUCCAUUGACACAUUGUACCCAUGAGUCAGGGACAUAGUAGGUCUAGCACCUCAGACAUGUGUAGGCUUUACAGCACUCUAGAUGAAAGCUGCCCAGUGUGGGAGGGGCUUCUGUAUGACAGACCUUUCAUCCAGCUGUCUGUCCAUACAUACUUACCAUGUGAGCAUGUAUGUGCAACACCAAUACCACAUAAAAAGAAUGUGGAUUUCCUAAGGAGUAAAGUACACUCAAGGAAGAAGGAAAUGGUUCUUAUUUCUUUCCAGUUACACCAGACUCCCUAGAAAACUAGAUAGCAUCAAACAGGAAUGAUGGGGCGAAUGGGAAUGCCCUCCCCCAUACUGUAGUAGGGAGCCUGCUGUUUUCUAGUGACUGCAGUUUAGCCUGCACCAGGCUGUAAAUUCUGGGCUUUGGUUUCUAGGCAACUUGUACACAUUGUAAAUCUGAGUAUAAGCACACACCCAAAAUUGAAUAAAGUGGCAAAUGUCUAAUGAUAGAACUUAUUUGGUACAACUCUUGGUAACUGUAGCAAACAUCUUAGGCCAUUGCCUGCCCAUGUGGAGACUCUAGUGGACACUCCUAGGAAGUAAAGACAGAAGAUUUGCAGGUAGCCUCCCUUGUUGUCAAGUGACUGUAUUUCUACAGUGCAGAUACAUUGUCUGCAGAGAAGGCAUCUGCUCAAGGAGCAGGUUUUUUUGUUUUUUUUUUUUUUAAAUCUUGUUCCUUGAGGUAGCCCUGCUUCAAGAUCCUUAGCUGAUGAAACUCUUGGAUUUCCCAGCAGCAAACUUCGACUAUAGAGGGAUGCUACCUAUUCUGGAUGCAGGGUUUAUGGGUCAUUCCCACUCAUAUUUUCCAGGUACUCUCAGAAACUACUUCUCAUGAAAGCCAGGUUACUUCUGGCUAGGCAGAGCCUUGCUAGACCAGGGCACUACUGGAAUUCAUGUGGAGGACUGACCAGCUCUAGAUUGAAAGAAGGGUCACUGUGGACUUCCUGGAUAGAUGGGAGUUAGAGGGGCCACCUGUGGUUUUUAUGUGUAUUUAUGAACUCUAAACAUUUAAGAUAAUGUCAUGAGAGGGUUCUCCUGGGGUCCACCAGGCUACUCUGUACUGUUGGAGUCUCGCUCCUGAGAAACAUUUGGGCUUUGAGGAUUGUCUGAUAAAGAUCAAAAGUAUGGCCUGUGAGAAAAUAAAUACAUAAAUUGAAUUCGUUUAAUCUGAGGAUUGUCUGGCCCUCAGCUUCCAGCAUUUGCACCUCUAGAUGCGCCAUGCCAGCUACUGAGAAGUGUCUGCCAUCUUCACAUCAAUUCCUGUGUCCAGAGGAGGCUUAUUACAAGUUACUUUGUGCAUGCACCACCUCCAUCCCCCUGCUUCCCUCCUCCAAUGUCUUAUCAGCUCCAUAGACAAGUAUGAUAAAUUACAACCGGAGCUGAAAUGCUGAUGUAACAACAGCAGACAUAACCUACCCUGUGUUCCAAUUAUUGAAGCACUUACCUGAAAAUAGCCACUUUCUUUUGGAAGAAGACACAAAACAAGCAUCAGCAAAGACCGUGUCAGAGUUGACACCCUAAGACAUAGGAUGGCAUUAACUUAAGACCACAUGGACUGCAGGAAACACCACAGUCCAUUCUCCCCAUUCCUUUUACUACAUAGAUAUUUUGUCCAGAUUAAACCAAAGGUUCUGGGCUCCACCCAGAUUUAGCCAUGUUUAGCAUACACAAGUGUGUUUGGGAGCCAGAGCAGUUAUUUGUGCUGGCAAAACAAAGCAUGAAGGAAAUUACUCAAAAAUAAAACUUCAUAAAAUAGGUAGUGGCAUAGGAAAUCUUCAUGUUGCUAAAUGGUGAAUGUGUAUUAUAUGUCUAGAGUCCUUUGGGGGUGGCUGUGCUGGGGGGAGACACUUAAGAAAAAGGCAGCCACCAGGCUGUGAGCUCAACCAUAUGUGUUGAAUUGAACUCAACUCUUCUGCAUUUAAUGAAGACUUGAGCCUUUAGGGGUAAAUAAAACAUUACUAAACAGAGACGGCUGAAUAUUUCUUACUGGCUGUAAUAAUUAAAGCCAUGAAAAAAGGUGGUGGGGUUAUGUUACUGAUUAACUCUUAGAUUUGAUCAAGACACAGUUGCCAGUGGCGCUCUGUUUCAUGUU